UUGUCAGAAAAAUAACAUUUUUUCGAAUUUAUUAUGAAAAAUCUCAUAAUAAGCUGUUUAGUAGCAUUUUGUGCUGCAGAUUUAUAUCGAAAAGUUCCUGCCGAAGAUAAUUUUGAAUUUGAUAAUUUUGCAGGAAAAUGGUUCGAACUUUACUAUAACAAUCUAAACUCUCAAGUUGAAUGUAGUGUUUUGAAUUAUUCACCAAAUGAUCAAAAAUAUAAUUUUAAUGUCGACGGAACAUAUGUUUUUGAUGAUAAGUACGAGAGUAGUCAUCAGUUGCAUCAACUGACAUUUCCUAAAGAGAAUCCACAUCGAGGUUUAUUUAAUGUUACUGAUCAUAACAAUGAAAAUAAAUUCUCAAAUUUUACGUACAGAGUCUUUUCGACAGACUAUUCAAACUAUGCAAUAAUCUGGAUGUGCUAUGAGCUGAAUUCUAAACUAAUUGAAGAUAUCGCUAUUUGGGGUAGAAAAACUAAUUUUUCUGAAGAAUUGUACAUCAAAAUUGAAAUGGUCUUAUCCAAACUCAAUGCUAGUUUGGAAAGUUUUAAAAAGAUUGAUCACAGUCCUGAAGCAUGCCUGGAUUGGUGAUUGACAUUGAUUAUUACAAGGCGCAUAGCCAAGGUGGAAGGAGGGUAUUUGGGUGACAAAUCCCCCUACCUUAACAGAAUUAUUUUCAUUUUUCUAGGGGUUUCAAUAAAAAAAUUUUUGUGCAAAAAUCUUUAAAAAUCCAGCGUCCCCGGCGUUGGUACUAAAAUUUUUUCGAACCCCUCUUCAAAUUUCUGGCUACACCCCUGACUAUUAAAAAAAGCUAAUAUUUUUAAACAAUGUAAAAUUUUAUUCUCAGUCUAAAUUUCAAUUUAUGAAUGAAAAAAGUAAAAACAAUUGUCAAAUGAUGUUGAACAAGA